ACAAAAUUUGCAAAUUUCAAGAAACUCCGAAGCAUGGAUGCAAAUGGACCAAUUGUGAAGCACAACGUCCCGCAAACGCCACAAACACCGACUCCUCAUAAGAAGAAACAUGCCAAACAUCACGGGGGGAAGCACCACAGAAAGUCGCGUUCCGGAAAGAAGAAGACCGGAUUCUUGUGCUGUCGUGGCAAAAAACGUAGAAAGUCAAGGAAAGGACAUGGUAAAUCUAAAUCCACGGCUCAUAAGCAGCCACGUUCGAAGGUCGUGAAGCCAUUGCCACCAGUCGUUAAUGAGCAACUUGGCGAUGUAGUUCUCGUGAAGAAUCUAGAAAGAAGUAAGUCAUUCCCAAUCCAACAACUUCCUGGAGCUCCACAGUCUCCGAACAAAGUGACACCUUCGAAGGCUUCCAAGGAGACAGAUAAGGAUGAUAAGCUACAAAAGAGCAAGUCAAAGACCAAGUUAGAUGAAAAGUCGGAUAAUAAUAAGGACAUUAAAGAUGAGAAAAAAGAUGAUAAGAAAGAGGGAAAGAAGGAAGAAAAGAAGGAUGAGAAAAAAGAUGAUGAUGGAAAUACAGAAGAGAAGAAGCAAAAAUGGUUAGGAUUGGCAAAGCGAUUCGUGGAUGAGGAUGCCAACAUUGCAGCUAAUGAUUUUGAACAAGUUGUCAGCUACAUCCCACCUAGCGUCACCAAACAUCAGUUCGUGAAAAACAUGCACAAAAAUCGAUUUGCCGACGUUAUUUGCCUUGAUCAUUCGAAAGUUCACUUGUCAGAUUCAUCGUAUAUCCAUGCGAGUUAUUUAGAACUUGACACUCAGAAACGGGCAAUUCUAACUCAACUGCCAUUGCCGCACACAUCUGCAGACUUCUGGCAAAUGAUUAUAGAGCAACGUGUCAAGUGUGUGCUCCUUUUGCUCACCGACUCUGAAUAUGAUAGUUUGGGAGGGGAUUUCGUGUUUCCGAGGAAUCAAGAUUUUCUAAAUUUCGAAGAACGUUCAAUCAGAGUUGGAGAGUUCAAACGUGUUGAGAUUAUGGAUGGAUGGGUUCUGAAAGUUGUUAGUGUUAGUAAUGGAGACUACAAGUCAUUCCUUCACAUCCACCACUACAAUGCAUGGCCUCACAACAAUAUACCCGGAAAUGGAUCUCCAAAGUUUGUGAAACAGAUUUGGCAGCUUCAAUCAGUUCUUCGCAAGUACUCUCCAUCAACUCCAACUGUAUACAUGAGUCUGUCUGGAUGUGGAAGAGCUGGCACAUUUGCCUUGUUCGAGACCGCCCAUCUUUCUCUUCACAGUGAGCAGGCUACAUUGGAUCUGGUUAAGUGCUUGGAGAUGGUUCGCAAUGGACGCAUACAUGCUUGUCAGAAUCUGACUCAGUUUUCUUUUGUCUACACACUUUUGGCUGAGCAUAUACUGGAUAAUGGGUUUUGCAAAUUGGCCAUUCCGAAAAAGCCAAAUGACGAAAAGGAUAAAGAGAAAGAUAAGGAAAAUGAAGAUGAGAUUAACGUUCAGAUGAUCCUCCGUCAACUUGUGAUCAAUAAAUGCUGAUUAUAACUCUGCAACUAUUUUCUGGUAUCAUGAAGCAUUGUAUUUCUCCGAUUUUUAUUUCUUCAUAGAUAUUAAUGCCCCUGGUUUUCAUCAAUAAAAUUUUGUAUUU